UUAAAGUUAAGAGCAGGGAUCGAAAAGUUGUAUGCAUGUUUGUAAUUCUCAGCAAAAAUGUAUUUUAAAACUCUUCGGCUGCAGAAAUGUCUCAGCACUUAAGAGCACUGACUUUUUUUGGGGAGGGGAAUGCAGGUUCAAUUCCCAACACCCGUAUGGGAGCUCACAAUUGUUCAUAACUCCAGUUCCAGGGGAUUUCCACGGACACCAGCUAUGCAUGUGGUACACAGACAUCUAUGCAGGCUAAACAUCCACCCACAUAAAAAAAAAUUAAUCUUCCACACAUUUUUAUUGUAUAAACGUUAAAUGUAGUCACAUUGCACAUGCUAGCUAACAAUAAUAUAUGUUACAUAAUCCCAUAGAUUUAAGAGUCUGAAAAAUUCCUAUGAUCUGGUGAUGUUCUCUAUGGUAAUGUCAUACUUAGACCAUUACUUACAUGUUGGCAGUGAUGCCAGUGUAAACAAACCUACUGCAAAACUACAGCACAUACAUCUGACAGUGCCCAAGACUUGAAAGCUUUACAAUACUGUAGCUUUGACCACCAUUUCAGACUGUACUUACUCUGAAAUAGUAUGCUGUUUUAUGCUGGUAGCAACUUCAUUUAUGUUUGUCAAAACUACCCCCUCUGAGAAAAGGUCUGGCUAUACUAUAUAGCUUGUAGAUCUUCCUUUCUCAGCCUCCUGAGUACAGGAUUCAAAGAUCCCUCACCACACCCGGCUUAUCUACUCUCUUGAUUGCAUCUGGAGGCCAUACUGAGUGACUGAUGCACCAUCUUGAAUUUGUAUGAGUCUAGGGCUUGUAUGAGUCCAGUCUCAUCUUCACACAAUGAACCCUGAUAGCUGCGUAUUUGCUGGAUUCUAAAGACCUCCAUACUCUCCUGGUUCUAGCCCAUCUGUGUAUAGUGUCUCCCCUCCUACCAGUGAAUGAUCCUGAACCUGCUGAGACUUCUCCCCAAAACGCUGCCUAACGCCAGCCACCAAUCCUUAGGUGGUCUAUGGCAUCUAUCUAUUGAGUGGGUUUAGUCAUAUUAUUUUACUAAUAAAUGCUUAUAAACAAAUGAAUCUUCUUGCCCCCUCAAAAGGGAUUUCAAUGCUCUGAACACACUUGAGUUCUCAGCCUGUUGUUUAGACAUUUGACUCUUCAUUUUUCUAUGUCAGCAUCCUCUCCUUAAUCAGGCCUGAUGCAAAUUUUGAGGUCCUUGAUGAUGGUGAUGAUGUCAUUCAUGCUGGUGUCAGUUGCUUCAGGGAGGAUAAGCAAUGAACUUUCCUCUGCGGUAUGGCAUUUGUGUGUGAAAAUGUACGCCAACAACUGUCAUGGUUAUGGGGCCUUUACAAAUGUGAAACUGGGGCGGGGGUGUGGCUUUAUUGGUAGAUAACUUGACCAGCGUGCUUGAAGGUCUGAGUUUAAUCCCAGCACCACAUAAACCAGGCAUGUUUAUGUGCUGUAAUCCUGGCAUGCAGCAGGUUUAGGCAGGGAGAUUGGAAGGUCAUGGAGGCAGGGAGGUUGGAAGGUCAUUGUCAUCCAUACCAGUUUAAGGCCAGCCUAGCCUCUGUGAGAAGAGACCCAUUGUAAAGACAGAGAAGCCAGGGAAUGGGAAAAAAUAUCAUUGGUUUCAAAGAGGAAGUCUGUGGCUUGGACUUAAACAUAUCUUUGCGACACAGCUAGAUGGUGUCAGUGGCAGUGGAAGCAAACUCUGUUUCACCAUUUCUGAAAAAGACGAGGAAGAGAAGCAAGUUUCGUCUUCGACAACUGCAUCUUUUGACUGAACUUUUUCUGGAAAGGUAAAUUAAAGAACCUUCUAAUCCAUACUAAGAGAAGACAGCAUGGGAUCUGGCUCCUCUACAUCUAAACCUGAAACCAGCACAGUCUCCACGACAAUCCCAGUGACCAGCUCUGCACCCUGUUUCUCCAAACCCAAAAAGGAACAUUUGAUCUUGGCCUUUUUUGCUGGGGUUCUGCUGACACUGCUAAUCGUGGCCCUUAUCUUCUUCAUCAUCAAGAGCUGCCGAAGAAGUUACUCCAGCGCUCAGGCCCAGGACCCUCUUUCGGAGCCUCCUAGCAAGCUUUCAUCCGCAUCCAAGGAGUCACUUACCUACGCCAGCAUGACUUUCAAGUCCUCGGAAGAAAACGGCAAUGGCUUGACUGGAAACCGCUCCACAGGCUUGGACCCCACUGUCUACUCUGAGAUUAAAGUAGCGGACCCAUCCCUGCCUCUUCAAUGAGGCCGAACGCAGGACCUCAGCUCAGCUCCAGCUACAUGCUGCUUUCUGGCUUUGUUCUGUGUGUUUGCUUUGGUUGUUUGUUUCCUACAGACUUAGGAGCACAGCCUAUGGGCAGCUGCAGUCGGAGGCACACAGACUUGUUCUGGCAGCGCUGUCUUCUGUGCGGGGAAACCCUGCCAGACGAGAGGCUGCAGGUCUUUCAUUCCGACUGGCAGCAACAGCCCCUUGAGCAACUUCCCUGCACUUUCCAAAGGGGAACGGAGUUCAAGAUAAAAAAAUUCACUGAUGAUAACCAGGGAGGAGCCAACCCUAGCGAACAGUCUAAGAUUUUCAAAUAAUGGCAGCCCCUCCUCCAGGGUUGGCCCCUUCUUCCUCAGUUAGCACUCUGUCCCAUCAUCUUCUCCAGAAGUCAAUAUCAGAGUUCUCAACCAACACAAAGUCCAUACUGUGUAAAACACUAGUCAAAUGUGGGUUUCUCUCUCCUCUAUAGAGCAUUAGAGAGGUGUGUGACAACCUUGGUUGAAAGUCAAAGGUAAAAAUAAAACAUUAAUUUACCCCCCAAACAAAGGGACAAUCAUAGACUGCCUCAUUAAAAAUAUCAGGAAGGUUCUCUUUAAUUAGGCAAGUGUACUUUAAAAUGUAAGUACUAAACAAGAAGAAAAAAAUUAUCAAAUAAAUAUGAAGGCUGGUGAGAUAGAUAAGGACAUUUGCCACCAAACCUGACAACUUAAGUUCGAGAGUUCGAGCCCUGGGACCUACAUGGUGGACAGAGAUAACUGACUCCUGAAAAUCAUCAUAUAACCUUCAUGUUUACUCUGUGCUGUGUGUACAUGUACACACACAUGCAUAUGCACACACACACACACACAAAAUAAAUAUCAACUCGGCUAUUUGUGACAGCUUUAUCUUUUGGUUUUUAGUUUUUGGUUUUUCGAAACAGGGUUUCUUUGGGAAACAGUCCUGGCUGUCCUGGAACUCACUUUGUAGACCAGGCUGGCCUCGAACUCACAGAGACCCACCUGCCUCUGCCUCCUGAGUGCUGGGAUUAAAGGCGUGCGCCACCACUGCCUGGUGAUAGCAUUCUUAAGACCUGUGCAAGCCCAAGCACAGAGAGGUAAGUUGGACACAAUCCCACCCCUAACUGAAGAACUAUAGACAAUUAUUAGCUGCUGGGAAACAAACAGUCAAUUUUCUCUUAAGAGUACAGUACCUGGUAAAUUGCCGUGUAUAAAUUCAACCAUGGCCACUGGGCAAAACUGGGACUGGUCAGGGGCAGAGGGAGAGCAUUUCUUGGUGUUUGAGACUCAAAUGGAGGAAGGCUACAAGUAUGCAGGUAUGAUAUCCAUAACCUUCCCCUUCCCCUCAGGCUGCUGAGAGACUUGCAGUUUCCUCCCAAUAGAAAGGAACUGGAACAAAGCCCAAACCAUCCUCAUUAAAGGCUUUGCAAGAGCCACGAGCUAAUCUGACAAGAUAUAUACAGAAUCUGGUCAACACGCAAUCUCCAUUCCAACCCCGUUCUGAUCCAGCGGACCAUUUGAAGAUUCUGAGUCUGAGCCUGGUGGGCCUAUACUCCAUCAGAAUGAACCAUGGCAUAUUAAACUGUGGGUUUCUGAAACUAGGGAAAUGCCUCAAACAGUAAAGGGCUUGUCUUGCAGGAACAAGAACUUGACUUUGAUCCCCAGAACUUGUGCAAAAAUGUGGGGCAUGGUAGUUGUAGGGCAUGCUUGUCAUCCUAGCCCUGAAGAUGUAGAGUCUGAAGUGUCUCUGGGUUUCAUCGUUCAGCUAACCUAGCUUAAUCAGCAAGCUCCAGGCCAGUGAGAGAGACUGUUUCUUACAAGGUGGACAGCUCCUGAGGAAUGACAUCUGAGGUACUCUUCCAGCCUCCACAUAUACAAGCGCACACAUGAAUGUGCACUUUCCCCACGGAAAACCAGGGUUCUUAGGAGGGCAGUAAAGGCCAUGAUGAAGCAGCUGGAAGGACACCGUAUGGGGAGAGGGUUGCAGGUUGCAAGGAAGCGUGUGGGGUAGCAGUAAUCCUGCACCAAUGAUGUGACUCUGCUGGCUCCCGCAGAUGACGAUGCCUCAUUCUUGCCUCUUGUUUCCUGAUUUGAAAGCAUUUGCCGUUUGUCACCCUUUGGUUACUUAUUGGUCAGAGCAGCACCCAGUUACUCUGGUGACUGGUUCCCAUUGAGGAUGUAUGAAGGGGGGGCACAAUCUUUUCACCCACGGGCUACGAGAACCACAGACUCAAUCUGUCUCCUAUUUUUAGAUAAACAGCAUUUAAUACCUGUUCAGAAAUGUAUUGGAAUGUCAUGCUUUUUAGGAAAAUGUCAAGAAAUGCUUUUCCAGUGAUGGGCUAGGAGAAGUCAGUCAUACAUGGGGGCUCUUUCAACACUAUUCAUACAUUUAUUGGCUGAUAAAUAAAAUACAAGUCAUUUCCCCUUGU